CUUUGUUUACAUGAAUUUCGUAGUUCCGUGAGUUAAAUUUUUCUCUGCACACUUCGCCUUCAAGGCAAGUGCCCAGCUCGAGUACUGGCUAUUUAGUCGCAAGUUUUUUUGCAGGAUUUUACCAGUUCGUUUUCAAGCUAGGUCAUCCACUGCUUCUUGCACGUUGAUCUUAAAUGUAGGAUCCUUGGAAUGUGAGCCAAUCCCGUACUUUUCUUUCUCCAAUGUCUGUGGCUCUUUGUGUCUUUAGAUUUGAAAUUUGUGACCUUUCUGAAGAUUCUGAAGAACUUUCUGGUGCGAUGGCUCUGCAAGACAGCAAACUCCGGGCCAUGAGAGGUCGCAGAAAACCACAGCAAAUCACCGUGGAAUCUUACCAAGCUGAGGAUGAACCAACCAAAGCCUUACUUGGAGAUAGUGCCAGACCAACAACUUCCUUUGAUGAUUCUCAGUCCAGCAAGCCGCAGAUUUCAAAAGCUGAAAAAUGCGGUGGAAAGGAUGAUCAAAUCAGCUUUGUGUCAGGCAAUCCAUUUGUUGAAGUUACAAAAGGAAUUUUGCAUCUGUAUAAAGAGGACAAAUUAACAAGCAUGGAAAAUGCAUCAAAAGCUGGACAAACAGUUUGUAUAUUAGCCGUUCCUGCCUCCAUGACUUGUCAUGAUCUUCUAUCCUUUAUAGCAGCAUGUCAAGAUACGAUUUCAUGCGUACGAAUUGUUCGUGAUGGGUCAGUUGUGAAUCAGUAUAUGACACUAAUCACAUUUCGCACUCAGCAAGCUGCCGAGGAAUUCUAUCAAUUAUUCAAUGGCGUCCCAUUCAAUUCUUUAGAGCCUGACUUUGUUUGCAAUUUGGUUUUCGUGAGACGAGUGGAAGUUCUUGGAGAAAACAACAAUGGUGCAAUCCCACCGAGUGGUCACACUGAGCUUCCAAUUUGCCCUGUAUGCCUAGAAAGGAUGGACGAAUCUGUGGACGGAAUUCUCACCAUUUUGUGCAAUCAUUCUUUCCAUGGCACAUGUAUCGCCAAAUGGGGGGAUAUAAGCUGUCCCGUUUGCCGCUAUGUUCAAACUCCAGAAUUGGUGACUGACAGUUUUUGCUCUGAGUGUCAGUCUGCAGAUUCAUUGUGGAUCUGCCUCAUUUGUGGUCAUGUGGGUUGUGGCAGAUACACUCAAGGCCAUGCCUAUCAGCAUUAUGUUGAAACACAACAUUGCUACUCGAUGCAUCUUGGGAACAAUAGAGUCUGGGAUUAUGUUGGUGACAAUUUUGUACAUCGUAUUCUGAUGAACAAAGGUGAUGGGAAAUUAGUCGAAGGAGAGUCAGAGAAAAGUGAAGCUGUUGAAGACAAAAUGGAUUCUGUUCAAUUAGAAUUCACAUACCUACUAACAUCACAACUGGACUCACAAAGACAGUACUUCGAAGACAAAUUAUCUCGUCUAGAAUCACAGCGCUUAUGUGAAUUAUCUGACUUGAAAGACACUACCCGAAAGGCUGUCGAGGAAAAAAGGAAACUGGAGCAAAAAUUGUCAACUCUUGUCAAAGAAAAACAAACCAAUGACAAAAAACUCCAUCAAAUCAGCACUCGUCUUUCUCAAACACAGUCAGAGCUGAGUGAUGAGAGACAGUUGAGUCAAGCCCUCCAAGAAAAUCAGACAGCCUGGCAAUCGAGAUUCAGCAAUCUUGAAAAAGAAUUUAAAGACUUCAAAUCCAGCAGAGAUGAGGAAAUGAAGGAGUUGAAAGAGCAGAUCAGGGAUUUAAUGUUCACUUUGGAAGCUCAAAACUUCAUAGCAAACAGUGACAACCGAGAUGAAAUAGCAGAAGGUCGUAUAGUUGUUGGUAGUAGUAAUGCAGCUGACAAACCUGCCACUUCUCAAAGAAGGCGAAAAAAGCGCUAGGUGUGUGGAAAUGGAUCAUUUUUAAUCCUUCAAUAUCAGGACUAUUUGUGAUAAAAAUAAUUUUGAAUACUACGUCAACGUUUUUCAAUUUCUUCCAGAUUCGUUUUGUAUUAGCUUUGAAUGUCUUGUUGACUUUUUUUUUCUUAACCUGUUAACUUCCUCCUUCAAAAGACUUUCAUUUUUUUAUUCUAAGCUAUCUUUUUCUGAAAUCAAUCAGAGUUUGAAUUUUGUUAGCUCUGGCGCGUCAUUUCCUAAUUGAAUCAUAAAAGAAAUUUGAAACAGAAAUCAGUUGCCAUGUCCAGCUACUCCUAUUGAAGAUAUACUCAAUGGAACAAAAAUUUAGUCUUGAAGCAUCAGUUUGUAUUGAUCCACUUUGUUAGAGAUGUCAAGAUAUAAGCAGAAUUUGUCUCAGUUUUAUCACCAGAUUAUUCAAAGUGAGAGGAUUUAUGUUUAAAAGACAAGUGCUUUCAAGAAGGUGUCAAAAGUUUUCAAAGAGCAAUACAUAUACCUACUCAUGAAUACUCAUGAUACAUGAAAAAUUCAAUGUGAAAAAAUGCCCUCAUCAAUGCUUUAAUUGUCCAAUGAAAUUUUCCAAGUAGUAUGCUUGUAAUGUCAAUUUAUAUCUAAAAUUGAGGAGUCGCUUCAUUUUUAUCUAAAAGAUGGCUUUUUGAUGGGCAUUUUUAUGUUGCUUUGGAAAAACUUUCGUUUCCUCUGAUUUGUAAGCAGAGUAUGCUUCUUCUCUUGCUUCCCGCUAAUCUAAUCAGAUGGUGUUUUUCUUAGUAUGCACAAGCAACGCCCGUGAACCGGAUUUUUUCUCUUCUUUUAUAUAAUGUUAUUUUUUCACUACUCAUUAUUUUGGGAAUAUCAAUAGAAAAAAAUUUCAUGGUACCAUCUCUAUCUGAACUUAAAGGGCCCCUCUUCAGCAAGACAUUCAUGAUCACAGAUUAGUUUUUCACCAGUGCAUUUUAUAUAUUCUGCUAAAAACUUUGAGCAGUACGGAUUUUUUAAUUAUCAUGGUCUUUAACUUUAACAUUAGUGACUUUAAUAGCAACAUUUUCUACGCACUGUUGAUAGUCAUCAGUUUAAUGGCAUAAUCAGAAGGAAAUCAAUCCAAAUUUAUUCCUACUAAGUAUUAUCUUUAAGCUCAGUGAUCCAGAAGUAAGUUUCUUCUUUUUUUAUUAUUAUUAAUUAGACCUAUGCUUGUUCUUUGGGUUCUGUUACCAAUUCUCUGUGAUUUCCAAUAAAUUUUAUUUUAUUAUAGAA